AUGAAGUGCGCCAAGCGGAGCGGGGGAGGGGCAGGCUUCCCCUGGCGCCUCUCGCCCCGCCUGAGGCGGCCCUGGGUGCACGCCCUGCUGCUCUACGUCCUCACGUUUGGGGUCGUGCUGCCCCUCCUGUGCCAGAGCCUCCGGCAGUCUUGCUACUUCAGGCAGGCGGCGCACCUCCGGCGCCUAACACAGGAGGCGCUGGAGCGCAGCGAGGCGCGGGGCGAGGAGGCGGAGCGCUACGUCCGGACGGCAACACCGCCGGGGGACCUCGGGGAGGCCCGCGGGUCCCCCCUGGUGGUAGCGGUGGUCACCACGACCCGGCAGCAGGGCGCCAGCUACCACUACUACCUCCAGGUGGUGGCGGCCUUGCACCGACUGUUGGGGGCUUGCCAGGACUGCCGGGGCUACCGUCUCCUCGCCUGCAACGUGGACCCGGACCCUGAGGGCCACCGGGAGGCGCUGGAAGCCGCUCACCUCAUCACCACGGUCCAUCGGUUCGGGCAAGGGCGCGGGCCAGCAUGGGGCGCCGACAACCGCUUCGAGAAGGAGAAGGAGGACUACCUGUACUGCCUGCAGGAGGCGCUGUCGACCUACGACCCCCAGCACGUGGUACUGCUGGAGGACGACGCCGUGCCAAAGGAGGACUUCUUCCCGGUCCUGCGAGACCUCCUGGAGAGGCGGCUCACCUCACCCACCACUCGGGGCGCCCUCUACGUCAAGCUCUACCACCCCGAGAGGCUGCAGGGCUACCUCAACCCUGAGCCCAUGCGCAUCCUGGAGUGGCUGGGCCUGGGCGCCCUGGGUGGCACCUCGCUCGGCAUCGUCUACCGGAAGCUCUGCGGACGGGCCUCGGUGACGCUGAGCUGGGCCGUGCUGGCCGUCUACACCAUGCUGGUCGUCGAGCUGGCCGGGCGGCACUACCUGCUGGAGUCACGGCGCCUCAGCCCUCAGCUCUACUCCCUGGUGCCCGCCACCGAGUGCUGCACGCCCGCCAUGCUGUUCUCAGCUCCGGCCGCCCGCCGGGUGUUGGCGUACCUGGGCGGCGUGCGGUGCCGGCCGGGCUACGCCAAGGACACGGCGCUCUACGCCCUGCUGCGGGCGAACGGCGAGACUGCAUACGCCCUGGAGCCCAACCUGGUCACGCACAUCGGGCUCUACUCCACCCUCCGGGGGCCCAUCGCUGAGCCCAGUCUCUGAAGUGCCCCCCCCUUCAGCUUUCUGCCCCCAAACCCCCCCCCCCUCACACUUUACUCUGUAUCUAACCCCGUGCUGUCCCUGUACUGGGAGUGUUUGAUGG